AUGCAGAAAUGGGCAAGCACCAACGAAGAGUCUGCCGCCGUCGAAGCCGAGAUCAAAGCCAUUGAAGAUUGGUGGCAUUCCGAUCGUCAGAAGCAUAUCAAACGACCGUAUUCUGCCAAAUCGAUCGCCACUCUACGCAAUGUUGGUAUCAAAGUCGAGUAUCCAUCAAGCGCGCAGGGCCGCAAGCUCUGGAAGUUGUUGAACGAACACAGCAAGAAUGGAUCUUAUGAGAUCACUUUUGGGACCACUGAGCCUCUAAUUGUCAAGGAAAUGGCAAAGCACAUGCAGACGGUAUAUGUGUCCGGUGCCUUGUGCGGUCUUUCGCAGGCAGCUUGGCCAGGUGCUGACCAUGCCGACUACCCAAGUGACCUUGUGCCAUCUGUCGUCAAGCGAAUCUUCAAUACCCAACUCUGGCACGACCAGAGACAGACUCACAUGCGCCUUCGCUAUUCCGAGGCCGAUCGAGCCGAUCUAGAAUGUAUCGACUACAUGACUCCAAUCAUUGCCGAUGCAGACAUGGGAUUCGGUACAUUGACUGGCUGCAUGAAAAUGGUGCGCUCUUUCGUCGAAGCCGGAGUCGCAAUGAUACACAUCGAUGAUCUGGCCCUGGGAUUGAAGAAGUUCACGAACGGGGAAGGCCGCACGAUCGUUCCAACUUCUGAAUAUCUCAAUCGCCUCACAACCGCUCGUAUGACGUUCGACAUUAUGGGUGCCGACACCAUGCUACUUUGUCGCUGCGACAGUGACCAUGCGGAAUUCAUUACGAGUGUCCUUGAUCCAAGAGACCACCCAUAUGUACUCGGCGCUACAAAUCCGGAGGUGGAGACUUUUGUGGAAGCUUUGGAAGCGGGUAAGGCUACGGGCAAGGACUAUCUCACAGUCAAGGCCGAAUGGAAGAACAAGGCAGCUUUGAUGACGUUCGACGAUGCAGUCAACGCUGCUUCCACCAAAGAACAAUAUGAAGCUUAUUCGAAGGAAGUUUCAGGAAAGAUUGUAAGCUUGAAGGAGCGGAGAUCGAUCGCAAAGAAGUGCUUAGACGGCAAAGAUGUGUACUUCGACUGGGAGGUCCCAAGACUGCCAUUGGGUCAAUACAUGUGGCAGUGGUCUACAAAGCAAGUCAUAGAUCGUGCUAUCCUUGCAGCUCCACUUGGCGAUGUGACAUGGAGUCGACAAGACAAACCCAAUAAGAAAGACUUGCACGACUUCCACUCCGAAGUUCGCAAAGUCUUUCCCGACAGGCUAUUUGCCUUUGGUUACGUUGGAGCCUACGACUUCAUCAAGGCGGGUUACACUCAAGAGGAAUUUGAAAACUUCCCGCAGGAUAUCGCAAAUAUGGGUUGUGUGCAACCGAUCUGGGCCACGCAAGGCCUCAGUCUGCAUGCGAAGCAGUUUGCCGAGAACUUCAAGAAGGAUGGCAUUGCUGGAUAUAUGCGUGAUGUUGCGCAGCCGUCUAUCGCACAGAUGGCUACGGAUAAGUUUGGAAAGCCAACAGCAAGGGGAGACUAUCUUGCGGAUGCCUUCUUUGACGUUGUGGCUGGGCUUGAGAUUACUGACGCUGUGAAAAUAGAUUCAGAAGACAGAGAUGGCUUCUUGUUAUCGUUGCAGUAA